CAGUCGUCGUCGAGACGCUCUCUUAAAACCAACGGCGGUGACGGCCAGCGACCAGUGGCUCCCGGUUCCUCUAGCGACUUGCACGGACGCGUUACGGAGGGGAAAAAGCAGCAAGACCUCAACACCAGCAGCUUCCCGACUUGGAGUUUAGUGACAGUGGUCGAGAGUUGAGACGCGUACGAGACCUGGUCUCUCGUCGACUCCAGAAUCCACAGGAGAGAAUGAUGGAGAAGCAGCGGCAUAUAUGGUUAAUAUGCGCCCUGGUCGUCCUGGCGACCGGAGGAGUGAGAAGUGAGGAAAAGGAGAACGUCAAAGAGGAAGGAGGAGAAUCGGAUACGACAUCGAGGGACAGAAGGCAGGUCCUUCACUUCUCCCACGGGUCUCCCAUCCAGCCCUACGCUCCUUCCCCAGCCUUCACUGUCCUUCCUCAGCAGCAGUAUAGUCCCUACGGCGUGUAUCCCCCUCACGCCCCAACCGCCCAUCUAACGCCCUUCGCAGUCUACGCGAGGCCCGUGGGCCCUCUGGCCAACUCUUACAAUUUGGGCAAAUCGGGCGCCCCAGCUGCCCACGCAAGCAUCCAGCCUGCCUACCUAGGUUUCGCUAACGACCUCCAGCACAAACCUCCGCGCAAGACGACCAUAACGAAGGCGCCCCUGAAAACCGUCAUCGUCUCCACCACGCCCGAGCCGAGGGUGACCUUGGCCCCCGGCCUAAGCAUCUUCACCCAAGUCACGCCAGCGGUCACCCCGGCAAUCACCGUCUACAAGCACUCGACGGGGUAUCAUACCCCCGUCGUUCCAUAUGGACCUGCCCCAGCGCCUACCAAGGGCUGCCCUGCCUACGAGGAAUGCGUGCCCCUGGUAGCCUGUGCCCCCUGUUUCUCCGACAUUACGAAGAAGCAGCAGCUCACCCCCUGCACCUUUUACCACGGAGCAGUUGGCGUCUGCUGCCCUGCUAUGAAGGAGAAAGGAAAAAUUCUUCCCCAGCUGUUCACCCAGCCAGCCAUCGAAGUACCCAUCUACCCGUUCACGAACGAACAGCUGGACCAGGCCGCCCGCGCUGGCAUCUGGGAAAUAGUCGAGAGACAUAAUCUUGAACAGGCCCUUCAGGAGAGGAACAUCGUCAUCAACGAUCGUAGCCAGCCGGCUUACAUCCAUCUGCAGUUCUUCAGGACUUCCCCUCUGGCCAUUAAACUCAGCCGCGACGCCCUGACCAACGCUGAGUCUUGUGACUACCUGGCUACCAAGUUCCGCCUGACGCCAGAACAAGCUGGUUACGGUCUCCAGAGGUUCUCCGUCAAGGACACAAUCAUCUCGGACACUUGCCCGGAGCCUCCCAGGUGCAGGAAGAAGGAGCACUUCUACAGGACUGUCGACGGGUCCUGCAACAACUUGGAUCAUCCUACUUGGGGUCAGGCUAGGACGACCUUCCAGAGAAUCCUUCCUCCACAGUACAGUGACGGUCUCUUCCGACCCCGGGAGAGUCGCACGGGCGGCGCCCUUCCCAGCGCCCGCCUGGUCUCCAUCAGCACCGUGAUCGACGUUGACAGUCCCUCCCACCACCUGACCCUGUCUGUCAUGCAAUGGGGCCAGUUCAUCGAUCAUGACCUCGCCCACACGCCCAUUUUCAGACUGAGCAACGACAGCGGAAUCCGAUGCUGCAAUGAGCAGAGCAGGGUUAUCGACGCCUCCUUCCGCCAUCCGUCCUGCUUCCCAAUAGAGAUACCGAUCGACGACCCCUUCUACUCGAAGUUUAACAGGAGGUGCAUGAACUUCGUCAGGUCGAUGUUCGCCCCACGCGGCCAGUGCAACUUCGGCUUUGCGGAGCAGAUGAAUCAAAUCACCCAUUACCUGGACGGAUCCAACAUCUACGGAUCGGGCGAGGAAGAGGCGCAGAACGUUCGCGUGGGGCACGGAGGACUCCUGAAGGUGCAGGAGCGAGGCCUCCUUCCACCGCACCAUGACGCUGAGGAGUGUGAGUCCGCCCAGGAAGGAUUUGCCUGUUUCCUCGCAGGCGACAACAGAGUGAACGAACAGAUUGACCUGUCAGUCAUCCACACUGUCUGGAUGCGCGAGCACAACCGCCUGGCCAGGGAACUGGCCCGUCUCAACCCUCACUGGUCUGACGAAACCAUCUACCAAGAGGCCAGAAGGAUUGUCAUUGCCGAAUACCAACACAUCAUCUACAACGAAUGGCUUCCUGUGGUGAUCGGGAAGGAGUACAUGGAAGUGAAUGGCAUACUUCCUCACAGGGAGGGAUACUCCAGGGAUUACGACAAGGGCCUCAACGCCGCCAUCUGGAACGAGUUCGCUACGGUCGCCUUCAGGUUCGGUCAUAGUCUCGUCCAAGGAAUGGUCAAACUAUUCAACAAACAAGGAAGCAAAACUGAAAUCGUCACCCUGAGAGACCACUUCAACAACCCAAAGUUGUUGUACACUCCUGGAAAACUGGACGAGUUCCUCACUGGCCUGGCACUGCAGCCCAUCCAGACUAUGGACAACUUGGUGUCCGAAGACCUGACUAACCAUCUGUUCCAGACUAAGGAGAUGCCAUUCGGCAUGGAUUUGGUGUCCCUCAACCUCCAACGAGGGCGAGAUCACGGCAUCCCUCCUUACAACGACCUGCGAGAAUCCUGCGGCCUUCCAAGGGCGACCACGUUCGAGGAUCUUCUAGAUGUUAUCCCGGAGAAAAUUGUCUCUGCAUUUAAGCUACUUUACGCUACCGUCGACGACAUCGACCCCUUCAUCGCUGGCAUUUCGGAGAGGCACGCUGAAGGCGCCCUACUCGGCCCCACCUUCAGGUGCAUUGUGGGAGACCAGUUCAUCAGACUGAAAAGAGGAGACAGAUUCUUCUACGAUUUUUCAGACAUGCCCACAUCGUUCACAGAAGCUCAACUCUACGAGAUUCGUCAGGCUUCCUGGGCUCGCAUAUUGUGUGAUAAUGGUGAUAACAUCAUGUUCAUGCAACCACUGGCCUUCCUGCAACCAAAAGGAAUAAAUCAGCGUGUCUCCUGCGAAGACUACGCUAUUCCUAGACUGGACCUCGCCCCCUGGAUAAGCGUGCCAGAGAAAUAGACUGUAGAUUAAUCUCCACAUUUUUUUUUUCGAUAAUGUUAUUUUUAUACUUCAAUGUACAUAGGUAGACGGAGCUGAACUGUAGAGGUUGUGUCAUUCUUAGGUUAUUUUUCUGUAUAUCUGUUUUCCGGUUCUAUAUAUAUAUAUAUAUAUAUAUAUAUAUAUAUAUAUAUAUAUAUAUAUAUAUAUAUAUAUAUA